AUGUCCAUAUCUCUGUCUCUUCAUAUCGAUCUAUUACAACACUAUCUAUCUAUCUAUCUAUCUAUCUAUCUAUCUAUCUAUCUAUCUAUUUAUGUGUGGGUCGUAGCCACCCACGCGAACUCUUCCAUAAUUGACAAUGACAUUGAAAGAGGGAAUUUCUCGCAGAUGAAAAUCAAUAGAAAUAAAUAUAGAAAAGCAGUUUCUUUUUUCUUUCUAUCAAAAUAUCGAUCGGCAGCUCGUCGACCUUUCUUUUGUCUGUCUCUCAGUCUAUUUCACUUCCUCUCUCUGUUAAUCCCCCCCCACGGCCGCCUUUCUGUCCCUGUCUCUCUCUCUUUUUCUCUCUCCCUCUCUCUCUCGUGUUUUUCUGUCUCCCUUAAUUUCAUUUUCUUUCUUUCUCAAUUCUUUGAGUCAUUCUCUUUCCCGCCUUCUUUCUUUCUUUCUUUCUUUCUUUCUUUCUCAGUGAUUUUAAUAAUUCUUUAUCUCCUUCCCGUUCUUUCUUUCUUUCUUUCUUUCUUUCUUUCUCAAUUCUUUGAGUCAUUUUCUUUCUUUCUUUCUUUCUUUCUUUCUUUCUUUCUUUCUUUCUUUCUUUCUUUCUCAGUAAGGUCUGGUGGCGGUGUCUCUUUCUGUGCAAAAGGGGUCUGCAACGAAAAUCUCCUCUUUAAAAUUUAG